AUGCUCCAGGGAGAAUACAACGACGCGGACGGGGUCAAGCUGAUUACCCUCGACGAGAUUCCUGUAUAUGAGAUGGUAGUGAACGGAGUCAGUGUUUUCCGGCGUGUUUCCGACGGUUUUGUGAGUGCUUCACAAAUUAUCAAGGCCGCGCUCUCAGAGCCUCACCCGAACCCAGAGGAGCUAGCGUUCAUGUCAGAAGUAUGGUGCACGAUACAGAAGGAUGACCGGAACUGGGGUGCAUGGGUGCCUCUUGAAACUGCGAGAUUGAUUGCACGAGAUCACGGCAUAGAAGACACCCUGUCUCCCUUGAUUGACUCUAACCCAGUGAACGUGAGCCAACCGCCAAGCGAGCUUGAACAACAGGAACCGCUGUCUUUCACGCAGUCAGUACCUUUCGAGCACGCUAAGGCGUUACAUGAAGCCAUUUCAACCUCAUGGCUCGAUGAUUGGGAUAUAGAAGCGGAUAUCAAAGCGCUCUUGUUGGGACCCUCGGAACCUGCGGAGAUCGAGGCGCUGGAGGAACCCAGUUUACGGGACGAUCAGCGGGUCGUGCUGAUGCACAUAUAUACCACGGACGACGGCGAGGAACUUUUGGAUAUUUUGGCGUCGUUCCAGCCCGCGUUCGUAGACAGCAUCCUGAAUCUCGUGCUGGAUCUUGAGGGAAAUACCUGUCUGCAUUGGGCAGCUCAAAUGGGCCAAGCGAAAACGGUCGAGGCGCUGAUAGAUGCAGGCGCUGAUUGGAAUGUGCGAAAUCUGCAUGGAGGAACGCCUUUGAUGAGAGCGGUGGCACAGACGAACUGCUACGAGAACGAUUCAUUUGGAGACAUUUUCAAUACGCUGGGGCCUCUCGCGCGGUGUGUCGAUACACAAGGCCGGACGUUUUUACACCAUCUUGCACUCUCAUCUCGAGACAAAGCACGCCGGCCAGCGGCUCGGUGUUACUUGAACUGUGUCUUCGAGGCAUGUGCGAAAGGGACUGCCACCCUCGAUCGGACUUUCGUCACUUGUCCAGACGCGGCAGGGAAUACGGCCUUGACGAUCGCGAAAACAUGUGACGACCUUCAUCUGUAUAGCGCUCUCAUCGAUUAUUUGUACAGGGCUAACACCAGUCAGGCAUGCAAUCCCCUUGAUGUUCUUAUCGCCGGCAUAGAAGCUGGGCAAAGUUCACGUUCAAACACGGCCCCCUUUCCGGACUUUCCUCGAGGCCUCGAACCGGUGCAAUCGGCCCACUCUGAAUCUGGAGGCCAGGAGCCGGGAUCGGAAGAUCCGUUUUCAUGGCAAGAGACGCUGAACUUUGUGAAUGGGGAGCUUGCAAAGGCAAAGCUCGAGUCUCACGCGUUGCAGACUGGGUUUUCGGCAGCAAAGGAGAUGGUGGAGAGUCGUGUGCGGGACCUGGAGAAGAUAGCUCUGCGUCGAAUUAGUCCGGCGGGACGCCUUCCGCGAUAUAGAAGCUGA